GAGAUAAGAUAACGAGAAGGGCAAAAAAGAGGAAAAGGACACCUCCGUCUACAUUCAAAUCAUGUAUCAAGGGUUGAAAAUGUCUAUUUGUGCCCACUCUAAACUGAUUUUUGCUUCUGCUGCUGCUAUUUAUGCUGUUUAUAAAAUCAACAAGUUCUUCACUCCACCAACUAUCAAUCCAAAACCAAAGAUUCACAAAACGGACUUCAAGAUUGAUACAGUUUAUCUCUAUCAAUUCCGCCGUCUCAAGAACUGCCCGAAUAUGUCACCAUUCUGUAUGAAAAUUGAGAUAAUUUGUAGAAUUUAUGGAAUUCCCUAUGAGGUUAUCGAAAAUGCUAAACUUCGCUCAAGAAGUGGCACUCUUCCAUUCAUCGAACUCAACGAAGAGCACAUAUCUGAUUCAGAUCUGAUUGAGAUUCGUCUCAGGCAACAUUUUAAACUUCCGAUGCUUUCACUGGAAGAAGAAGCACAGGCAACUUCCCUGAGUAGAAUGGUAGACAAUCAUCUUUUCCACAUCCUUAUGAGAUAUCACUGUGCAGAUGAUAUCUUCUACUACACAUUCCUCGAUUUGUUGGAUUUUAAAUCCUAUGUUAUCCCACUCAUUCUACCUUUCAUGAAAAUGAUAAUUGGAGGCAAAAUCUAUCAAAAUUCUACAUCAGCAAUUGGAGACUUUGAGCCAGCAGAGUUGGAUGAAUUGCUUCAUCGAGAUUUGAGAGUUGUGGAAACUAUCCUUGGAAAUAAGAAAUAUUUAUUUGGAGACCACAUUGCUCCAGUUGAUGCGACGGUUUUUAGCCAGUUGGCAGUUGUUUAUUAUCCAUUUUACACUCACAUCUCUACUGUUCUUGAAAAUGAUUUCCCAAAGAUUCUACAGUACUGUGAAAGAAUCCGAAAGGAAAUUUAUCCAAAUGAUUUUACUAUUUGAGAAUGUAUUAUGCGGUAACUUUUUUGAAAUAAACUAAUCGUGACACUCAAAAACUUAGAAUCUAUUUUAAAAGAAUAGAUAAUUCCAGUUUUUGAUAUCCGGGAAUUU